AUGGCUAAGAUAUCAUGUUCUUCUUUCUUCGUACUCAUGCUAGUGUUUUCAGUUUUUUCAUUGGUUGAGAAGGCUAAAGGAGAUGAACGUUGUACCAUAAUCAUUCAUCCAGGAUCUCCAUGUGACCCUUCUGAUUGUGUUCAGUACUGCUAUGCGGAGUACAAUGGAGUUGGAAAAUGUAUUGCAUCCAAACCUGGUAGAAGUGCUAAUUGUAUGUGUACUUAUAAUUGUUAAAGAGACAAAUUCUUAAUAA